AUGAAGAACCACCAGCGAAAGGCCAAGAGACUUGUCACAGAAGAGCACGAUUGGGCUGAUUCUGAUGAAUCAUCAUCUGAUGAGGAAGAUGCGAUCUAUCUAUGCUUAAUGACCAAAGAUGUCAAAGAGGAAACUCCAGAGACAUCAACUUUAAAUGAUCCCUCAUCAUAUUCACCCACUCAGAUCAAGGAGCUGACCAAGGUUGAAGAAAACCUUAAAGAUCCGGUCAUUAUGAACAAAGCCAUCACUGUCGAACGCAAACAGGCUAUAGCUGAGCGUGAGCGAGCAAUCGCUGAAAUCAAGGUUGAGAAGGCUACCAUUGAAGAUGCGCCACCACCGCUGACCACCCACCCACAAGUUCUCUCAGCCAUCUUCUCUUCUCCUUCUUUGGUCGCUUCACAUGUUCAUGAUUCAUCGGCGAAUGUUCUCCCUGAUGACGAGACACACACCACUGGACCUGAGGUUGCUCCUUUCGAAGCUUCUCAGUAUACAAAUGCUUAUCCUCCCGAGGGCAUCGUGGAGGAAGCAAGUGAUAAUCCUUUGGAUGUCGAUGAUGUCCCGUCAGGUCCUUCUGUGCCUCAAGCCAUGGACGAAGAAGAAGAGGUGUACGACGAAGAUGAUGAAGAUUAUGACAUGGCUUCCGAUGUCAAACUCCUUAUCCCAACCAUCGAUACCCUCUUCUGUAAGAUGACCGAAGUUCAUCAAGAUAUGCCUCGCAAGGCUGAUGUCGUUGCAGACCUCUCAGCCUUCAAAGCUGAAGCAUGGACCAACUCUGAACCAACAACCAAUGAAGCUGAAGCUGAAGCUCCUAGAGCUGAAGCUGAAGUUGAGGUUGCCUGUGAUAUCCCAACCUCCGGUGAAGCUGCUAUAGAUGAGGAAGUUGAUGCCAUCCCUCGUGAUGAUGAACUUCCCAUCACCUCUGCACAUACUGCUAGUAAUGUGGAAGAAGAAGAUGAUCAAGACGAAGAUGAUGGAGGUGAUGAAUCUGAUCUUCCAGACUCCGACAGUGAUCUUGAUUGCCAUGACGAUGAUGAUGAUGAAGAUGAAUUCACCAUCCAGUUCCAGCAUCCAACAACCACCACCAAAGGAGUUGCCCUCAUGGAAUUCGCAUCCUAG